GUCGGCGGGGACUUCCGCCCCAGAAGAGGGUUCGCCGCCGUCAUGGAUCCGGAAGCCCCGGUGAGCAGCAGCAGGAGGAGGAGGGCAGGGAGGCCCCGGUCUGACUUUGGGGGACCUGCUGCUGAGCCUCUACGAAAUGGGCUUCUCCGAGGGACAGGUCCGGGCUGCCCUCCGCGCAGGAUGCCUCAGCGCCCCGGAAGCAGCCAACUGGUUGCUGCAAGAAGUGGGAGAGCAGCAGCAGCAGCCACCACUCAUCCUGCAGGAGCAGCAGCAUCACCGCAACCCCCCAGGAGCCCCAGACCAAAGAGCAAUGGAUGCCUUCAAUCCACCCAGGCAGCCCCUGGUGGUCCUCUCAGGGCCAGAUGCCCCCCGCCUGAGCCUCAGGGCGCCAGACCCCAGGCUGGAUUUGGCCACAGAAGAGCCUCAUGGGAGAGUGGAAAGCCAGGCCUUGGCCCAGCGGGAGCAGCUGGCUCAGCAGCUGAGAGCCGAGAAGAGGAACAAGAGGAAGGAACAUGAGCUGAUCUUGCAGAGAAUAGCCGAUGACCGAAGGCAGGUCCAGGUGAAGGCACAGCUGACCCAGGCCUUGCCCUCCACCCAGAGCCUUCCACCAUCAGAAGUCAGAACGCAGCAGCAGCAGCCCCACGCCUCUGAAGAAAGUGGGCAGUGCCUCCUUGUGGUCCGCCUCCCCACAGGGGCAUCCAUCCGUGAGCAUUUCCCAGCCGACUCCCCCCUGGAGACCCUCCACCAGCACCUCCUGGCUCAGCACCCGGAGCUCUCCCCAUCCUCCUCCUUUCUUCAGACCUUCCCCAAGAGACGCUUCAGCCCAGCUGACUUCUCCUCCACCCUGCGGGAUUUGGGCCUGACCCCCAGUGCCACCCUCUGCCUUGUUGAUCCCCCACCUUCUGGGAGCCCCCAUCUGGAUCCCCAACUGCAAGCGCUCUCUGAGGGGUCCAGCCAACUCCAAGCGGGGGAAGGAGGAGACCUCCGUUCAAAGGGAGGCCUGGCGCUUGUGCUCCAUUCCCCAAAGCAGCUGCCACGGGGGGGCCCAAGGCAACAGCCGGGAGGAGAUGGCAGCCGCCUCGGGGGGCCCGACUUUCCUGAGCAUCACCGCUGGGGCUGGGGACAGAAGUUGGACUCACAUGAGGAGCCCAUGGAGGAGGGCCCUUUAGAGAGCAUGGGGCAAGAGGUGCCAGGGGAUGAGGAUGAAGAUGAUGACCUUCUGCCAGGUUUCCCGCACUCCCUGGAAGGUGCUCGAAGGGCUAUGGGUUUCAGCCACCCCUGGCCUGCAGCUGGCAACCGGCUCAGUGCCACAGGAGAGAGCGGGGCUGAAUCUCCAGAGCUUCCACUGGCUGUGGCCCGAGCGGCCGAACGGCGCCUGCAGGAGGCAGCCACUUGUGGACGCGAGAGCGAGGAGGAAGAGAAGAAGCAGCGUCAGCAGAGAGGCUUCCCUGGCACCACAACCCCCCCAGGACGUCUCCACCCGGCUGUGCCACCCCUCUUCCAGCUGUCCCUACAGGGGACUGUGGCCCUGCUCAAAGCCCCCAGCAAGCAAUACUGCAGCAGCCUCUCUGCCUUGACGCCUGAGCUGGCUGAGCACCUCCUGGCACACAUGGCCCGAGGGGGCCUCCUGAGCCCUCGCAGCCUGCGGCUCUUCUUCGGGUGCCCCCUCCAGAGGCUGCGCCUGGACUGCUACCCCUAUGCCACCAAUGAGCUCCUCCGCCAGCUCCAGGCCUUCCCGGCCCUCCGGCACCUCAGCCUCUUCUCCUGCUCUGUCAUCACUGACCAGGGCCUCUCUGUCCUGCAGUACCUCUCCCAGCUCCAGCACCUCAACCUCUCCGCCUGCGUGAAGCUCACCGACAAGUGCCUGCAGUUCCUCAAAGGGCUGUCCCGCCUGUCCCACCUGGCGCUGGAUCAGACGCGUGUCUCGGAUCAGGGCCUGGCAGAGUUUCUGCCCUCAGCGCCCCCCACCCUCACCCACCUGAGCCUCAAUCAGACGGGAAUCACAGACAGCACCCUUGCCCUCCUGUCCCAGCAUGCCCCCCACCUCUGGGUACUCAGCCUUAAGCAGACAGGUGUCACGGACGUUUCAGCGCUGCGGCACUUGGGGGCUCUGCAGGUGCUCCACCUUGAUGGGACCCCUGUGAAUGAGGCUUCCCUCCAGACCCUUUCCUCACACCCCUCCCUCUCCAGCCUGACCCUCUCAGGAGUCCAGUCGCUGGACGGCAACAGGGCCCUGGAACUCAUCUCAGGUUUGCCUUUGGUGCAUCUCUCUCUGCCCAGCCGCCACACGGUGACGGACAUUGGCCUGGCUGCACUGUGCCGCCUCUCCGGCCUCAUGGAGCUGGACCUGACAGACUACACCCAUGUCACCGAUGAGGGGCUGCGGCACCUGCCCCAGUUGAGCAGGCUCCGCCGCCUGUCGCUCUGCAACACGCUGGUGACGGACGUUGGCCUGCAACAUGUCGAGGGCCUGGCCCUCCUGGAGGAGCUGCGCUUGGACCGCCUCAGGGUCUCCAGCACAGGGGUGGCGCGCUGCAUCGUCCGUCUCCCUCACCUGCAGGUGCUGAGUCUCGCCAGCACGCCAGUUGGAGACACAGUGGCCAGGCUGGGCAUUGCCCGCUGCAAACAGCUCCUCAAGGUGAACCUGAGUCGUACCCGCCUCACCGACCGAGGCCUCUGCUUCCUCCGCCAUGUGCCCCUCAUCCAGCUCAACUUUGAUGGCUCCGGAGUAACCACUCUCGGUGUGGCCAGCCUCCAGGCCGCUUGCCCAUCCUUGGGCAGCAUCCGCGCCAGCCACCUGCGCUUCCUGCCCCCAGAGGAAGUCUCAGAUGAAGAGGGGCCCAGCUAGGUGGGGCCAGAGAGCCUCCUGGCCGCUUCUCUCGCCCCUUCCAGGCCUCGGUUUCGUGGUUGGCUUGCGUUGGGACUGCUUUGAUGGCUAUGUCGCUGCAGGGCAAGAAGGGAUGCACAAGGGACGUUUCCAGAGGGGGUCUUUGGAGUGUGCCAGUGCCUCCUUUGCUUCCAGACCAGAGGAAGAGGAUCUGCGCAGGGGCUGAAGGAGAGGAAGGAGAGCCCCUGUCUGGGGGGGAGGCAGACCGUGAGCAGAAAUGCCAGCGGGCAGCAGAGGGGAGGGUGCUUGAUUGCCAUUUGUGCCUUCAUAUUUUGCAAUUAAACAUAGGACUGCUAACUAAA